AUGGCAUGCAAGAAGGCGGCCAAGCGUGGGAGUCGAGAGCAAGAGCUGGGAAAGAACCCUGUCGGCCCGUCCGCAGUCAUGAUGAUCAGGCUCCACGGCACCGCGAUCCCCGGUCGUUACAGGUUUCAUGGCGAGCCGUCAUCAGCAGGGCGCACCACCGGCUGA